AGAAAAUGACAUCUGAAGAUGCGGAUUAUUAUGAAGGCUGGAUACAUCUAGAACGACGCGUACCUUUCCAGGGUUACCGUACCUAUGUGGCGCUCACUUAUGUCGGGUUCAACAUUAUUGGUUUUGUCGUCAAUUUCUGGGUAUUGUACGUGGUGGCACCACUCUUAUUUGCUCCAGCAGUCAAGGUGCCAAAAAGCAUAUUAUUCUUCAUCUUCGCCUUGGUUAUUGGCGAUUUAACCACUAUGAUAGCAAUGUUGUUACUCGUUAUUGAGCUAAUAUUUGGAACUUGGCAAUUUAGCGCCACUGCUUGCACGUCAUAUCUUGUGCUGGAUUCUUUGAAUAAAUUUGUUGCCCCUAUGAUAGUAUUCUUGAUCAGCAGAACAUGUUAUACCACUGUGUGCUUGGAUAAAGCUAGAGGAGAAGAAGCCGCAAUGAAGCAUGCAAUCUUACAAGUACUGCUUGCUCUCGGAUGUGUCAUGGUGCUUUUAUGGCCAGUUUUUGCCUAUUCGCAGGUUUUUACCUUCUACGUAAACCCAAACAAUCUUACCAACGAGGUGACAGUGAUAAGAAAAUGCAGUUUCUCACCUCCUCCGGACAUUCAAUUCUGGUUCAAUCUGGUGGCAUGCAUCACAUCCUACGCUGUUCCACUAUUUGGUAUUAUCUACUGGUACGUGUCCGUACCGUUUUUCCUGAAGCGAAGGGCUCUUUCCACUUUGGUGGCAUCCAGUUCGGUCGACAUUGCUUUACGAAAGGUGAUCACUACCGUCUUACUGCUCACUGCUAUUUAUGUCUUAUGUUGGUCACCAUAUUGGGUCUCUAUGUUUGCGCAUAACAUUUUUUCCAUGGGAAAAACAAGUAUGAUUAUUGUUUCGUACUUCAUUCAUCUACUUCCCUACAUCAGUUGUGUCGCUUACCCACUGAUAUUCACCCUACUCAACCGAGGAAUUCGUUCCGCACAUGCGAAGAUUGUACAAGAUCAGAGAAGACGAUUCCGAAGCAUCACUGAUGAGGCGAGCUGUCAAAUGCGGAAUGUCAUCAGAUCGUUACCAUCUAGAGCGACCUCCAGCCGACCCCGAUCUCCUCGCUACUUUGACGAACAUCCGCGCAAAUCCGUGAGAUCUGAGUAUACCGCAGAAGUGGAUCGCCCUCCCAUGCCCUCACAUGUUUGCGUCAGUCCACAAGACAGUGGUACGGCUUCUACACUGAAUUUGAAGGGAUCACUAUCGUCUGUGGACAACAACGACUCAGAAACCUUACUUUAGCAUUCAAUUGCCGUUGUACAAACGUCUCACAACUCGUGAAAAGCAUCUGUCGUAACUGUUGUGUCUGAACGUUUUUCCUUAUUGGAUAUUGUGCGGGUUUCUAGGAGGAGUCACUUGAUCUGAAAAUGUAUUGUUCAUGUAUCUUGAAUUUUAUACCGAUAUAUAGUUAUGGGG